CCACCGUCUAGCAUUAAAUCACCCAUGUGUUUAUAGUAUUUUGGAGUUUCAGCCAUUCUCGCUUUCGAUGAUUCUCGUUGUGAUGGUGGGAUGAGAUCGACAGGGAAGUGGGUGUUGAUGGUGAUUGUGAGAACAUUGAUGAACAUAGAUGUGAUAAUGGGGAAAGAAAGACAGGAAGUUGAUUUUUCAAAUAAAUGAUAGUAUUAGUGUUACUCUCGAUCUGAAUCGCCUCUGUGCAACCACCACCAUCUCCGUGAGCCCUAGCUUCAUUGAAAAUCGCAUGUGGCUCAAUGGGGAGGUAGUUAUACAUACUAUUAGAUUGCCAAAACAAAGUGCAGUUGGGGAUCUAAUAAAUUACCUCAAGACAAAGGUUGGGUUUUAUCAUAAAUAUGCAGAGCUUCGAUUGCUCGAGGUUUUCUAUCACAAGAUUUACAAGGUUGUUAACACUGAUGGCGUAUCGAGAAUGGAUAUUAAUAACAAUGAAAUGGGGAAGAACAAAUGUUGA